AUGGCGACCACCUCUCCGUCAUUUUGCGAGACUUCGGCAUUUAAGAAGAACUCAGUAGGUAAGAGCCGGGAAUUCCUGUUCAAAUUACAUCUUCAAAAGAUAAAAAUGAAAUUAUAAGAACAUUUUUUGUGGUUUUUCUCAUGUCCAGCUGUCAAAAGUCACAAUAUUUUCAGACUUUCAAGAAAUACAGAUUCAGCGCCGGCGUCAAGCGACUUAACCUUAUAUCUUUUUUUUACGAGAUCUCUGAUUGGCAUUUGACACGUUAUUACAUACCCCGUUUUAUCCUUUUAUUCUCGGGCUUAAGUUCUCCGGAAGCUAGUUAAAUUUAGCAGCGCAGCAAUCUGUUAAUCAUGCCAAAGCUCUGGGACAUCAAUCUAGUACCUUUGCUCUCACUAGUUGCUACAUGCAUAAAUAAGCUUAAGCUUACGUUGCAACUGGCUAGUAAGUAGUUGCUUGGAGGAUAUACGUAUUGGAAAUUUGAGUUAUUCUUUACGCGAAUCUAACCGUGUGCUUAUUUAGCAGAAAAGGAAGAUAUCCUCCCAAACAGGAUAAGCUUUUUAACGCUUUUCUAAUGUUUCUGUAAGUAGUGUAGACUGAGUUGUGACGAGUAGCAUUUAACUAUUUCUGACAGCGACAAAAAAACCCAUCAAUCACUUCACUUUUGCCAAGUGACCACCGGGUCUCAAUACAUGAAGACGUUUGUUAUUAAAGUGUUUUCUUGCUGUAGACGUCAUGCAUCAAUGAUUCUAAUUCAUGUUAUGGUUCUCAUUUGUUUCUUCAGAAAAACGUAAAAACAAAGGUUCUGAAGCCAAAGAAGAGAUCUUGAAAUCAAAGAGUAAAUCUAACAGCAAAGUUCUCAAGGUAAGGAAGGUAAGGAUAGAUUGUUAAAAGUGGCUUUCUUUCUACAGCCAUCCAGUAGGUCUACCUGUUUUUGCAAAAAAGAAAAAAAUUAGGAAUAAAAUGGCUUUACAGGAAUAUGUACAAGGUGGACGACAUUAUAUUACUAAGUUUGAGCUCAGUGAAAUUUUUUUCUAUUUUUUUGGUUACAGCAUCAAGUUAAAUGGUGUAAGGUGGCAUUGAAUGUAUCAUAUAUCUUAGUAUUGUAAAUCGGUUAUUGCAACAACGUAACUCCAUGUGCAAAAUGAAUAUGUGGACCGUUUUAAGUAGGAAAGUUGUUCUUAAGAGCCCCUUGAAUAUUUUGCCACUUUUUUUUUUUUAGUUUGCAUUAUUGACCAAGCUCAGUGAGGUUAAGAUGGCUGGACAUUGACCAAAUUAUUCUUUGCAUCUUUGUCCAUAAGGAUACAAAAAGGAACAAGGCUAAUAUACAACCAUCGUGCUUGGUCAAUAAAGAGGAAAACUAGUUUUGUCUGGUCAAAAUUUUGGGCAAAUAUAUUACCAACCUUUAGCUGUCUGAUCAGCCUUGUCCUAAAUUUUUAAGUGUUAUUUUAUAUUCCUGAUCCUGAUCUACACCAAGAUCCGUCUUUCUCUCCUUGCUGUUUGUCCAAGUGGUCCUUUCAAGAAUUGUUUGCGAAGGGAUUUAUUCUAUGAGCAAAAAGAGAACUUUUUCUCGCGGGAUCAGUGCGGGAAAUCCCGAGUGGGAGAGAUGGGGAGAUGCCAAGCAGAGUGCAAGAUUACCCUCAUUUUGCCUGCUCACAAAUUCAGCUUUACAAUAAAUUGGCUUUACAGUUAAAGUGUCAAUAGUCCAAAGGGAUAUGCCAAUCUUAACUUAACUGAAUAAUUUACUAAUUUUUUUACAUCUUCUUGACAUUUCAUAUGAUAGAACAGUUCCACAGAGCUUCUUUCCUCCAAGUCCUUGGCAACAAGUAUACAAGAGCCAGUGUGGGAUACUGAGUACAGUGAGGAACUGAACGUACCAGUUCCAGAUCUCUAUCCUGAGUUGUCAGAAUCCUUACAAAACAUGCAAGAUAGUGAUACAGAGCAAGAAGAGAUUGCAAAAGGUGUCAUUAAUUGUUCAAUUAUCUGUCUAUCUUUUAUAUUUUUGACUAUGUACAGACAUCUCCUAUUUUUUGCUUCUUGGAAAAGGGAAGUAAAUGAAGAGAAAUGAGAGACAUAUGCAAUGAAUAUAGACAAUUUCAUUCUUGUAUUUUAUUCAUAUUCAAAAAAUUGAUGGAUUUUUUUGUGUGCUUAUUAGGUUGUUCAUCAUUCCAUUUAUCAUUGAUUGACUCUAUUUCCUUUCAUUCUUCCUUCCUUCCUUCUGUCCUUUCUUCAUUCAUUUGGUCAUUCAGUCAUCAAGAUUCAUUUUUUAAUUCAGUCAACAGUCAGUCGUUUUUGACUAUAUCCUCUUCAAUAUAUCAUAGGUUUUUCUUUUCAAUCAGGUGCAGAAAUGUUUGUUAGUGCAAUCUAGCUUCUGUUUUUCCCUUUUGCCUUGUUCUAUUCAUUCCUUUAAGUUACCUGUGCAUUGGUUUCAAGAAAACUGAUCUUGCAUGAAAGAGACUUGUCUCACUCUAAUGCAAGUUUCCUGUAAUGUUCAUGUACAUUAUUGCGGUAUUGUACUGUCUUUUGGUACUUACCUUGCCUUAACAUUUACCAAAUCUGGACUAUCUGUAAUCAUCAACACGACAAGACAACUACGUAGUAAAAGCAUUCACCUCGAUAGCCUACCAAUAAAAAUCAAUUUUGGCUCCUUUGCAGUUAGGAAGCCUGCAUGUGACAAGGAGGAUAUCCAGUGUGUUCCAACUAGCUGUAAUGACAGUCGUGAUGACCCUGUAGCAAGUCAGGUAAAAACUCUAAUCAUACGGUCAUAGUCUAUGAAAAUCGCGGCCAAGUUGAAAACUUGAGAAAGUAAAGUAUGACAAGUAUGGAAAUUUAUUGCUUUUUUUUCAAUUUUAUUUUUCUUUGAAUCUUUUUAGAGUCAAGAUGAUUCUCAACUAUCGAAUACAGGAAGCCAAGCAAAGCAAAAAAGAAAACUAGCAAAGCCCAGAAAGGUCAGAAAACGAAAAGGCAUCGACCAAGGACAAAAUACCAUUACACUGAAAGAGGUAGGUUGGUUUAUGUUGUUCAACUUGUAUCUGGAAACCGGAAUAUCAAUAUCUUUUGUUGAAAAAUGGAAGGGUGAAGGCAGCUAUGUGGAUGCACUAGGAUGUUCUGAAAUCUUCACCGAACGUGAAUAACCAGUAGAGACUGCUUAGUUUGAUUACAGUUUGCUUCUGAUUAAUAGCUUUGAGUCCAGUGAGGUAGGGAAAAUGUAACCUGAGAUCAGGCCCAUUUUUAACGGAAUGUUAUUUACAAAGCGAAACGAAAAUGGAGCCUGAUCUCAGAUUAGGGAAAAUGUAGAAAGGAACUUGAUGAUAAUGCUUAACUCAAUUAAGAUAAGCCUUAGAAAUAAGACUUGUCUUAAUACUUUUUUGUUGAUAUUACAGAACUCUGAACUCCUUGCUGACCUCCAGGGUACAGACAAACAGGGAACUUGGGCUCAGUGCAGCAUUCCUAGUUGUGGUAAAUGGAGAUUUCUUCAAAGCAAUGUUGACCCAAAUGAGCUGCCCGAAAGAUGGGUGUGUGCGAUGAACGAAAGUAAGUCACUCUUGGCUUGCUAAUUUUUAGAAAGUACUUCUUGUUUGACUAUUAAACUUGCUUUAAAGCAUCUGUCGAUGAACUAUUACCUGACAUAAUCAUUUUCUCUUCUUCCGAUUGGACGAGAACGUUUCUUGUGUUAUCCCAUGAAGCAUAACUCCGUGGAGCAUACAAAACUCUAAUGACUGUCCUAAAAGGUCUGUUUCCCCCUACUUCGCCUUUAGAACAAUUGUUUACAACAUAGGGUCCGUUCUAAAUCUAAGCAAGCAACCCUUUUUCGCUUGCAGCUUCCUUAUAACGACUUCAAAAGCUCUUACGUGGGUCUCACUUUCUUACCCUUAGAUGAGAAAUAUAAUGAGUGUAGUGCAUCGCAAGAAACAUUCGACAGCCAAGAAGGCAACUUGGACGUGAUGUACACACCUUACCCGAGUGGCGCAAUCGUGUGGGCCAAGAUGGUUGGUUAUCCCUGGUAAUUCUGCUUUCCUUUUUCUCGUAAUACGCUAUUCAGAAACCGUCGUAAAUUAACAAUAGGCCACUCGCAUAAAGAGGUCACGUGACCAAUGCUUCCUUUAAAAAAUGGGUUGGACUCUUGCUGAUGCCAAAAAUUGACGGAGGGCAUAAAGAUUAUCUUACACCCGAAAUUUGAGGGGAAACGCAUUUAAAGGAGAUAUUUUAUGGCACUUUGAUUUUUCAACAAAGUAGUAGGAUUUGAAUUGGCCGCUGUGUUGGAUGGCAUACUCUUUCCCUCCAACAUGGCGGCCAAAACUAUUUUUUGCUUGUAUCCCGUUAAACGUUUGAUAGUUACGUUCAGAUGUGCUGAAAGCGUUACCACAUCAUCUUUUCAACAAUUUCCUUGAAGUUUAGGUGCAAAAUUUCUGUUCAGAAAGAAGUAAUUCAUAGUUUUAAAGAUCUUAUUUUCGUCACGUGACCAGCUAUGAACUGACUCAUUAAAUCACUAUUAUUUUGUUUAAGAUAUGACCCACUAAUGUUUUUUUACAGGCAAAAUCAUAUAACUUUCAUUUUCAUGACAAUAAUGUCACAUCACCUCUUCGUGCAAAUGGCCUAUUCAGACUUUUCCCGUACAGAUUUUGUAUAACGCCUAAUUUCUUUGUAUUUGUCUAGUUUGUUGCAAAUUAUGUAGCCUGGCCUGCCUCGAAUAGCCUCGCUAACUGCAGGCCAGUCCCAAUGUAUCUUUUGCUAUAUUUUCAAAUUUAAAUAAAGUUGAAGUUGAAGUUGAAAUAGGACAGUAAAAGGCUUUUGUGUAGGAUCAAACUUGUCUGAUUUUGUAUUCAAAGAAAUCCAGUCAGUAAGCGGCCAUUCAAAAAAAAUUGCCCACUUUAUUGAUCAUAGGUACGACCUCUCUGGGUAGAUCUGCCAAAGGUAUUACGUAUUCCUUUAUGUAAAUGCUACGAAUUACAUUUAUGUAUAGUCCGAGUUUGCGGAACCAGAGUAAGAGAAAAAUUUUCUUAUCUAUUUGUCCCUCGGACAAGCACUAUAUUAAAGUUGGUUGUCGAAAACGCAAGAGUUCUUGUCCAAAAAGUUUUGUCAGGUUCAUAAGCCAAAUAGAGCUCGUAAAAACAAAUGAAAUGGCUGCGGUAUGGCAAAUUUGAAAGGAUUAUUUAACGUUAUUUUGUCAAAUAUGAGGUUUGCUUUCAUGACUAUAAGAAACAUUUUAACUCUAUUGUAAUUUAAAGUCAAUCUUCAACUGUUUCUGUAUUUUUUCUAAUAAUGUCAAACGUUUACCUGUCCGAACAAAAUUUUAACCUGCCCCGGACAAUCGGACAUAGGUAGUUUUGGAGCACCCUGCGGAACAAAACGAACCGCUUGGGGAAGGGGCGUUUUCAAACUCUUUUCAUUAAAAUGCUGUUGAAAGAAGAGUACGUCUCUAAUAACCAAUAAGUUGUCAGUAAACCUAAACUGAUCUUCACCCGCACUUAGAAACAGGUAAAACAAAAAAAUCUACUUUAUAAAUCCUGAAGAUAGUCACGUAUUUGGCUGUGGAAAAUUUCUGCUGUGAUUGCAAAUUUAAAUUAAGGGUGGCAAUAACAGUCUCAAUAUAACAAUGAUUAAAAUUCUCUUUCAUUGCCAGGUGGCCAGCAAUGAUGGAGGACGAUCCAGAUUAUGGUUACUACUGUGAAACCGGUGAAGACAAUGUCACACCGGUAAAUACGCGCCAAACGUCGGGAAUUAAUAACAAGCAAUGUCUGUUACUCUAACUCAGUAGAAACAGAAGAGCCCUUACUGAAUUGAAUAGCAACUGCUACAGUCUUGCCUUAAGUAUAUUAUUAUCAUACAUAAUAAUUCUACUGACAUUGUAGUCACAAUCCGCCUUCUCGUUGGCUAAGAGCCUACACUUAAUUUUGGAAAUCAGCGCAACUUACAAAAAACAAAAUUUUGUCGCUAAUAUGUGAAUAAUCUCUAGGUCGAGUUGAGUGCAUGAUUUCCAACAGUCAUGUCAAGUUAUAUCAUUUCUACUCUUUAAUUUGUCUUGGAAGAUAUUAAACUCUGUUCCUUGUGACAGUACUACGUCAUUAUUUCCUUUGCAAAAGAUAUAUAAUAAAACAGCUACCAGGCAACGUUUUUGAGAUUUUCCGAAUAAUCCGGAUACAGUGUAUUUUGAAGACAUCAUCUAAUAAUUGUGAAUUAUCUGAUUUCAGGAGAUGUACCACGUGGUAUUUUUCGAUAAAGAAGUUUCGAGAACUUGGGUGAAUGCCGUUUGUAUCCGAAACUUUUCCUGUGAUGACGACCCAGAGGACAUGGGGAAGGUCAGUUUAGCGACUACACGACGAGUGUUCUCUUGUAAUGUGGUUUGAUUAGUGUUUUGGAGAAAUCCACUCGUCAGAUUGUAUUAUAUGAGAGCUGAAAUACCGUAAGUAGUGGACCGAAAAUUGUGAUAUAAUAUGCAAUUCUGUUGUCAUAUUUAUAUUAUGCUAGCAACAUUUUUCAGCAAAUAAAGCAUUUUCUCAAAGACGCCGUAGACGUCUCUUGUUUUCGCCCUGAUUUGCCAGCUAGAACAAAUUAAUUAUUAACACAAAAACAUAUUCCCCCAUCCACUGAUUAGAGGGAAGUUAGGGGACAGCUCUGAACUUAACUUAAGGCGUCUCAAAGCGCCUCUUUCAGGUUGGUGCCGGAUUCAUUUACUCUCGCAAGGAAUGUAUCUUUCAGCAGGUUGGAUUUCCGACUUAUUUCGUACGUUCUCUAAAUACUUUGAAAUCCAGGUUACAUUUAAAGGGAAGAAUUACAGAAGACAGCUCACCGCAGUUACCCUGGCAGCACGGAGGGCAGCGCAGUUGCCUCUUCAGGUACCAUGUUAUGUAAAUACCUUUUUCUAAUGAAACUCGUUUGUCUCACCAAACCGAGUGACAUUGUCAUAGAUCGUAACCAGGUAAUGCUGGUUUUCAUCAGAUGAUGCGGAGUCACAGUAUCAAAACUAUUACUAGUGAGCGGGGGUUCACUGAACAGUGCUCCAAGCUGUGACCGUUUUGGGGGAGUAGUGAAAGUCGCCAUUUUGGCGGUCAUGUGCCAAAGUCCCGAGAUUUUGCGAGACGCGUUUUUCUAGUAGUUAGUGUUUAUGGUCUUUUUAAGUUAAAGUGAGAUAGACAUUUGAAUUAAAUGUCAUUUAUGCUCUGUUUUCUUUGUAAUUUGCCUAAUUUCGCCCUUGUUCUGUGGGUAUUAAGCCUUGAGUUGUCGCGUGUACCUUUGCCCAAAAUCGAUUGCGAUUGUUCGGCAGCCAUUUUGAUUCUUUCAAACCUUUCUGUAGUGUUGCACAAAAAAUAUUUUAUGUCUGGCGACCAUUUUAUAAUUUUAGGUUGCCAAAAGGCGACUUUUAAAAAAGGCGGGCUUGGAGCACCGUCAUACAUUUGCCAAUUGGUGCAUGUGCUUCUCAAUUGUUAAAACAACAUGACGUAACUCCUAGGGAGUCAGGAGAGGUGCGUCAAAGAAAACUUCGUUCCCGGGCUUAGCAAAAUUGAUUCUUCUCAUUAUAUAUACCAACUCUUUGGUUCUGCUCUGAUUGGCAGAUACCACCCUGUCAUAAGGUCCCUAAUUUUUAUAGAUAACUAACUAUUACUUCUUUCUUUCUCUUAAAAUGAAAAAAGCUAUUUUCAUUUACAGCGUCGGCUUGCAGAAUAUGGCUUUGCAGCACGCUACAAAGGACCCAUUGGUAGAAAGGCAGUUGAAGAGAGUAAACGGUCGAUCAGUCUAGAGACAGGAGAACUUAGUGAUUCGGGUAGGAAAAGGAAAUGGGUGGAAUUAAAUUUUAAUAAUUAAAAAAGUUUCCGUUGGUCUAUGCAUUCGAAUUAAAUGUUAGACAUUUCCAAUGAUCUGAUAGUACUUUCCUGGCGUUGUUCACCUCAGUUUCUAGAGACAGGAAUAGGGCAGACAACAUCGUGGGGCAGUAAAAUUGGUUUCCAUGCAUUACCCUGAAAGAUAAAGUUUGACACCUUAUGCCUUUUGUUCAUGUGGACUUGUUUUGUAAAGAUUCUCAUGAUCACGAGAGGUUAAAAGACCUCUAUCCUCACUUGUGACGAUAAACGCUCAGUAAUAAUGCUUCUUUUUUUAAGGGGUAUAGAAAAAAAACUACUACUAAUGUUUGCAGAAAAUUGUUUGAAUUUUGGGUUUUCAGGACUAACGAAGUUGAAUGUUUUAUUUUACAGUUACAGAUUCAUCAAGUCAGGACUUCAGUAGCAGCGGAAACAGUUUCAUUAGUGAAAACAGUUAUAGCAGUCCAGAUGAACCUAAAAGAUUGAAACCAAAAACCCCACUCAAGUCCAAAACACGCAAAGAAAAGACAGCUAAAACACCGAUCAAGAGUGAGAAAAAGAAAAUGCAACAAACNAAAAAACUACUACUAAUGUUUGCAGAAAAUUGUUUGAAUUUUGGGUUUUCAGGACUAACGAAGUUGAAUGUUUUAUUUUACAGUUACAGAUUCAUCAAGUCAGGACUUCAGUAGCAGCGGAAACAGUUUCAUUAGUGAAAACAGUUAUAGCAGUCCAGAUGAACCUAAAAGAUUGAAACCAAAAACCCCACUCAAGUCCAAAACACGCAAAGAAAAGACAGCUAAAACACCGAUCAAGAGUGAGAAAAAGAAAAUGCAACAAACUAAACCAGCCGAUUCUGCUGGCAGAAAGGAAAAGGCAGGGAAGAAGGAAGCGAAGAAAGCCACCGCGGACGCCUCUAUAACACCUUAUGGAAGUAAAGGUACAUUAACUUAUAUUUAUGAAUUUAAGGAAAUUGUUGGAAAUUAUGGUUAGAUCGUGUCACAUGUAAUAACCAAAAAAAAAAACAAGAAACGAUUUAACAAUUAAAAUACCCUCGACCGACAAUGCUGGACUGCAAGGCUUCUUUACACCAUGAAAAUUACAUCUAUAGUAACUUGAUUUCUACGAAGAUAAGGUAUGUGUAGCACCGUAAUGCUGAAAGUAUAGUGCUCUUUCAGAAAUGAAUUUUUAUUUAAGGAAUUUUGACCCUGUCACGAGUUCUCAGUUAUUCUAGGAUUCCCCCUGCCCACCAACACAGAAAAAGCAAAGUGUGGCCUAGCCUUACAUUCACUUGGAAAGUCUAAGUUAGUAACUUCUCCAGCACUGUACUAAAGAGUAGCAUAGAUACACGUUAGUACGUUCACUAAUGUUUGCGUCGCUUAUUUUUUAUUUCUCGUAGAAUUAGCACCUCAGAGUAGUAGUACAAGUACGAAUAUCGAGAUGCAAAUGGAUACUGAACAACCAACAGAGGGAGAUCAAGGCAAGAAUAAAAACACAGAAAUGGUGCUCAGUAAUCACUGUGAGGCCCCUGUUCCCAACACUUUGAACAGUAAGAUAUAUUCUGAGGACACCAUAUGUGAGAAUGAAAGGAGUAUGACUAAACCAAGUGCCAAGAAGUUGGUUGAAUCAAACAGUUUAGAAGUAAAAGUUGUUAAAAAGAGGAAGAAGUCUGAUGAAGUGCGAGGUAGAAAGAAUGCUAAGAAAAGCAAGGAGGAUAACUCUAAUGUCAGCCUUUUGGAAAAUUCAGCUAAAAUCAAACAACACGAAAAGGCAGAUGCCAACGUCAUGAGUUUAAACACUUUACUGAAAACACAAAAGAAGCGAACAGCGUGCGAGGAAAGUAAUCAGAAGAAGAAAAAAGUUGCUGCGAAGAUAGAAAAAGAUCCUCCUGACACUGCUGUGCGGGAGGAGGUGAAAUGGGAUAAUUCCUUUUCACCUAGCACGUCUAAUCUUGAUGAUUCCAUAGAAAACCAACGAGAAGAAGCCGUUAGUAAAACCAAAGAACGGGAAAGGCCUACUGAAGAUAGAACCAAAGCUGAAGGUCCAUGUCCUGAAAGCGGGGGAAACGGAGUAGAUAAGGAAAAAGAUUCUGGAAGUCACAAGAAGAGGACAAAUAAAAAUGAAAAGAGGAAAACAGCGGGAAGUUUCAAAAAAGGGAACGAAGGACGGGAGUCAGGGAAAGGUAGUGAAGAAUUAACCCCGAGUUCAGAAGGAACUGGUAAAAAAGAACCACCUGGAGACGGUUUGCACCCAGAAAACCAUCCACAACCCCAGAACUCUGGCUUUACUCUUAAAAGAUCUUCUGCCAAUACAGAUGUGCGAGUAUCCUUGACUGAAAAAGUUACUCAAAAGAAGCCUUUACCGAAGUUAGUUAAAGCUUUUAAGCCUCCUAUAGCGAAGGAAGGCAAAGGACCUAAAAUGCCUAAACUUUUGAAACCCCAGUUUGUUAGCCCAGCGCUUGCCGUAAAAAAAGGCGAUAAAAACGAUCUUCGUAAGGAGGGAAGUGAACCAAAAGCAGAGUCAAACACUGAAACGAAACCACUUGGAACCACAAAAGGAAUGAAAUUAAAGAGCAAAUCCCCACAGACAAUGGUUCAUUCUCAGAGUGAAAAGUCAAAGGAAUCUGAACGUCAUCAAGCUACAGACAUCUUACCAGGUUAGAAUGUCAUUUUCCGACCAUAGCUCUUAGAUUUCUCCGAAGUGAACCCUUUGGUAGCAUGUAAAUAUAUACCUAGUGUCCUACUUUAUUUUUUUAUUUCUCUAAAUCUUGAAAGUACUUAUAAAGACAGAACAUACACUGAAAAUUAAAAUGUCUGAUUCAGCCCCUCCUGGCCAUUUGAGCCCCAUUUAGGACAAAACAGCUCCAUCAAAAGGCUCUUUUAGUCCACGCUGGAUCCCCUUCAGCCCCUGGGUCCAAAUCAGAAUCAACCCUAGGUAAUUGGAUGGUAUUGGCCCUGAUCAGGAUGCCCUGAUUUAAAGGAGCCAAAUUAGACCCAAAAACAGGACUGUAUUUUACUUACCAACAUGGCCCCAUUUUUCGGGCUAAACAGAUCUUUCUGAUUUGCAGAAAAUAACCCAUCGUUUCACUGUUAAAAUAGAACCUGAGAACAGUAUGCUCUACGUCGAGCGAUGAACGUACUUCCACCAAACUGUAAGUGAUGGGUCUUUAGGGUGAAAACAAAUGUAACUUGGUUAUUUUAAUUAUCCUUUUGUUUUAGAGGACCUCGAGGCCGAAAUAGAGGAAAUUGACAAUGAUAUCGCAAGCAUACAGAAAGAGCUCAGGGUGUCUGACAUCAGUGACACAAGUAUCUCCGAGGAGAAGGUGGUCUCUCCAAUUGCCAGCCCGCAUCAAUUCUUGUCUGAUUCGCCGGAAUUUUAAAAUCGUUGAUGUCAUAGUCUAAACUCUGUUAUGCAAGACUGUCUACAUUAUGCUCUAACCUGUUUCCUUAAGAAAACUUUCAGAAUGACUAGAUAAAAUUUGGCACAAGAUAACUUAAAUAAUAUCAUGAAACGAAUGAUGUGAUGUCAGUUCUCAUUCUGGUAAAGGAUAUACCGCAGAAGGGCAAAGUAUGUUAAAAGGUUGUGGGCUUUAGAGGAGCUGCUUGAAAAGUAUACCGGAUUUUUUGGGAGUUUACCAUAAAGAAGUAAGGCUGUAAGAUAAGAUGCCAAAUUUAGAUCUCGUUGUAGCUCUCUUACAGUGAGCCCUACUUAUUUUUAUCGCUUAAAUUAAACAUGUUGAGAGAUAUGACGCUUGUCGGAAAUAUUUCAAACGCGUUUAAGAUCUAUCUAAGGCCAUUGGACAGUAAAAGUGGUUGGAAUAUGACUUCAAGAUAUAAAGUUUCAUUUAGCUUUUUCAUUUAGUUUAAAACAUCAUUAGUGUUUGGAAACAUUCUAGACAAAUCUUUGCCAAAUUCUGGUGGUUUGAAUAACUUCAUAUCGAAACCACCACACAGCAACAUGUUGUCUUAUUUUGAUCUCCAUCAGUGGCCAUUUGAGGUUGUUUGUGAGACUAGGUCAGUUUUGUGUAUAAUUGCAUAGUGAGAUUGUUUUGGGCGAAGUAACGGCGCUUUUUUAUUGGCUAUUUCGAGACUUUUCUGGAAACUGUGUCAUAAUUUGUCCUCCUAAACAAUCGCGUAGUGCAAUUAUCUUAUAAAUAAAUAAAUGUAUGUAUCAUCAAGUCAUUAUUGUUUGAGAAAAAAAGACUUAUGACCCUAUUUUAUUGCGAGAAUUAAGAGUUAUUUUUUUUUAAUCAAACUUUUUAACAGAUUUAAUUGCAUUUUCCCCAUAAUUUUUCAGCUCAUUGGGAAUUUACAAAUAAAAAUUUACACAAAAAGGAUGUGUAUGGAAAGUAUUUCAAAUAAAGUGUUUGUUGAAUGCUGUUGUCCUUAUCCCUUGACGUAGUGAAAAAUAACCACAAUCAUAGUUAGUAGAUUGGAAUGGUUGUGAAACCCAACAGACUCCUUUGUGAUAUAUUUUUUGUGAACCUGACGGUGCACAACGUUCAAUAGCAUUCCCAUCAUUUUGAUCUUGCUGACUCAUACUGACCAAUAAAAUUUAUCCCGUCGCAAUUUGCCGACAUGGAAAAAAAAGGAUUGUGCACCUUCAGGGAGCUUCUAACCUAAACUGCAGUACUGUGGUUUUUAUAUUUGAUGUUUUCUCGCUUAAGGUGGUUCGUACCAAAAAAGUAAGCCAAAGCCAUAACAGUAAUUUGUAGAGUUGGAUUUUUCAAUGAGUGUUUGAACCAAAAUAGUUGUUAUCUGUCCGUUUUAAGUGGUUACCGUGGCAACACAUUCCUUUUGAAUGCCUAAAUGGUACUUGUUAUCUCAGCUUGGCGUUUGUCAUAUUUCAAUACUUGUACUUUCCUAAUAUAUACCUCCAUGGGAACCCAUAUAACAGAUAUAUACCUCCUCAGGACCAACCCAUAAUAUAUGCGUUGCUCUAGCUCUCAGUUAUGUGCUCCUACUCUAGCCAGACGUUCGGGAGAAUCUCCGUUAAGUCCAUCAUAGCAGCUCCUGAUCAUAGUCAGCACAGGGAGUACCUGUGCAGGUCUGGAAAUUUAGUAGCCUGUUCCAGGCGCUCAGAUAGUGCGGAGCGGGGCGAAGUAAAAAGGAGCGCGAAAAAAUAAAAGCGAGGGAGGAGGAGAGGUGAGAGAGUUUCCGCACCUCUCUCCGCACCGCUCUCCACUAUCUGAACGCUUGGAAUAGGCUAGAAAUUUAGAAGCUAUUUUCUCGUCGCGUUUACAGCAAACGUGAAUUUGUACCACUUGACCAAGUUUCUCAUCUACUUUAUAUCGUUUACUGUUAAUUUCAUUACUUUUCACAGUAAGACUACACGAAAAUCGGUAGAUUCACGCCAAUUCUAUCCAUAACAAUUGUUUUAAGCUGUUUUUAUCUCCUCAUUUUUCGUUUUUAAAAUUUCUCGACUUGAAUCUCACGUUUGCCGUUUGCCGUAAGCGCGAUGCUUAAUCUCUCUAACAUCACAAAAUGCCUACCCUAGGUGCCAGGGACUUUUCAUGCGCGGUGUCCGUCUUCGGCCAAGUCUUUGUGAUCCGCCUUUGGCCGAAGAUCUGUCAGCCAUUUAAACGCGAGAAAAAAAAGACGACCGAUCGAUACAUACCCGGGGUGGUGCUUAAGGGUGGUGCACUCACAAAAAACGUGCUUAGCUUCCCGCAAUAAUCAAUUUUAAGCGGGAAACGAUUGCGGUGCAUUAUGGGGUGCAAUCUGUAUAUCGUCCCCAGUCUCUUUUGCGCUUUGACCGCAUCUUGUCUCCCGUGAUGUUGAAUGUGCACUCAGUUGUGCAUUUGUUGACAUUGGUUACAAAGUUUUAUGUUCACUAUAGAGUAGAAUCCAGCGAUAUAGCGUCCCUUUAAUGGAUAGAUCUCGAGACUGGCUAUUUGAGCUUGAAGUGGCAAUGUAGGAUAACAAUCGUGAGCAUCCCGCGGCUAAUAUGUCAAGCCUCAUAAUAUUGGAGUCGGUAAGCUAAUGAACUGCUCUUAUAAACUUUACGUUCCUUUCUCGUUUGUUAUUUUUCUUCAUGCUGUGUAAGACAUAGUAACUCAUCAUUUUUAAAGGUAAACUGUUAAUACCUUGAAUUAUUGACAGUGGUACGGUUUCUUUACAGCCACUUAGUAGUUUACUAAAUACUGAAUAAUUUAAAACGCCGCGACGCUUUGGAAGCCAUCUGGCUGUCGUGGAGUGAUGAAGGAAGCUCAUAAAAAGUGACGUAUCACGAGUAUGAUGCGGUUACUUUUCUCGCCGGGUAGCCAAUAUUCAGAUGUUUUACCUUCAAGUAAAGUGGUUGAUAUUGAUAUUAUCGCUUGAUUGUGCGAGCGUAGUGUUGCAAGUGAAUGUCGAAAACAAACAAACAGAUUAAUAAACGUCAAUUCAACUAGUGAAUUAAAAUACAUAACUUUAUAUUUUCAGCUCCGUAGUUCUUUUUUCAUCAAAUGCUACAUUUCUCAUAAAAAUUCUCAUUUCCUGUCAACUCGCCUCAUGAAAAGGAUCUAACUGUUCAGCUGUAAUAUUCUUCUCCAGAUGUGUUUUCCACUGUAGGCUUGUGUCUUAAUUUUCUCAUAAUCUGAUUGUCACAUCAGGAGAAUAAAGAGAUUAUUCAAAUAUAGCGACUGCACCUUUCAAGAAUAGACAGAAUAAUAAAUGGAUGUAAAUCGUUCCCACUAAACAGUCGGCAGUAAAGUGGUGAUGGUAAAAAAGACAACUACAAACAAGUACAUGGCUUCCCCCAAACAUUUUGUGAUUGGUUUUGAAUUUCAGAAUAGUCAGAAAUAUAUAUAUGCAUUUGCCAACUUGCCUUUCCCAAAGAAAAUUAAAGAGAGAAUUGGUAAUCCAGCAGUUUACAUUGUACACUGUACCUCACAAAUGAGAACAGAAAGGAAUAGUUGAAAUGAACUGAACAAGUAGGAAUCCCAACUCGCCCAGGGCACUAAAUUGUCUAUUUACACUUCUGUUGCUGUUGAGUUGAACUUUUGUACUACCAAAAACUAAUCCAGCAAGUUAGAGAGGGGCUAAAAGGUCUUAUUAAAUAUCAUUUGGUUGUGCAAAAAGCAGGGGAAUUACUUUCUUUUCCCAGUGUAAGCAGUUGCCAAUGGUGGGAUAGGCAGCUAUGACCUGGAAAGAGACCAUUACCAAUCUUAGAAACAAAAGUUUUAAUAAGUGGUAAGAAGUCCUCUAUGGGUUGUGGUUGACCCGUGGUAACUGGUUCUUUUGAAACCCUUGAAAAAGGUCUUGAAAAUCAUGAAAACAGUCCUUUCAAAAUUGUAUUAUUUGGAAAUAAUAUGUGAGGCCAUGUUAGAAUAAGAAUGAAGAAGGGGUAGUGUAAUAUUAGAGUAUGACAUGUUACAUGUAUGUUAUGAGUAGACCUAGGAGCACAGACAUACACACUCUGCUUCAGGACACUGGGUUCACCACUGUCAGAGAACUCAGAAUGGCAAUGCCAGACUAAAGUGACUUGGGCGAGAGAAUCCAUGUUGUCCUAGUAAGCACCUGACCAAACUAAACUAACCUACUAUGACAUGUUCAAUUUUUUUCCCAUUUUAGGAUGCAGGGGAACUUGAAGACAUUGAUGACAGGCUUCAAAAAGAUGGUUAUAGAACUAACAUCCCAGUUGAACACAAACUUCGUUACUUUUGGAGGCAGUUUACGAGAUCCGAAGCCAGUCUCAAGUCCUCUCUUGAGAGUGUUGAACAGCUCCGCAAGCAACAUGGUGAGGAAAUGAUUGAAGUGGAAAACUAUGUUGCACACAUCCGGCAGCUUUCAGAUGAGAGAGAGGCUUUAACACAAGACUUGGAGGCUGAAAAUGAACAGCUGAAAGCAGAGCUUGAACAAAUGAAGGUGGAGAAAGAAGCUGGAGCUUAUAUUUCAGAAGACAUCUGUGACAUGCUCAUAGAGUCUGGUUUGACACAAAUUGGAAGAGAUACCAACCCUGUAAAGGAACAAGUGAAUUAUUUGAUUAAAGAAAGAACAUCUCUCUCGGAAAAGGUACGUAGACUAGAACUUGACAAUGAAAAUCUCAAAAAGAAUUCAGAUACUGAACAGUCCAACCAGCGGAUGAUGAAAAUUAUGGAAGAGGAGAGGAAAGACAUGGAAGAUGAGAUGAACAGGAUGCGUGAAAUGAUGAAGCAAGUUAAACAGGAGGAGCGGAAGAUUCAUGAACAGGAAAUGAAGAAGGUUACAGAGGAAAACGAUGGUCUGAGAUCAGAGCUGCAGAAAGCACAGAAACAACAUAAUGCAGAUAUGACAGAACUUAUUAACAGACACCAAGGUAUGUUU